AUGGCUCAUGCGGUACGCCCCCAAGGCGACUACCUCGAGGAGUACCGAAUGUUGAGCCAGAGCGUCGCGAAAGUCUUCUACCCGCUGCUGAAAAGCCUUCAUGCCUGCCAUGUCCAGUACUGCAAGACAAUGGAGCAGCACCUCAGUGCCACCUGCAAGUGCAUCUGCAGAAUAAUCAAGCUUCUGCAUUGUUUGGACGAAGUGCUGGUUGAAGUGGAAACCUGUGAGCAACUAAGGCCACCCUCGAGCAGCAAGCCUAGCUACAGCUCGGGAGGCCGGUACGGCUUUUCAGAUCGGGUCGUCGAUGGCAUGAAAGUGGUCGUCAACUCAGUAGUGGUGAACUUCCAGUCUGCAUCAUUUGUUGCUUCAUUUCAGCUGUCUCGCGUGGUGCUGGACAGCCGGACACCUCGCUGGGACCCUGGGGACCUACGUCUCUGCCGCAUCAAGGGUCCCGACCAGCUGCUUCUUUUCCGACAACUCCAGUGGCAGAUGAUGCGACUGGAGGCUCACGCCCGGGGAGCCCAUGCGGGGGCACCGCUGCGCCUCAUCACCAACGGGGCACGCUGUCGCAUUGUGCUCAAGAAGCGCCUCGCUGACUGCAGCCUGGUUGCCAGCCGCCUGGUCCUAGUACUGGACGAGCUGCUCUGGGCCCUGACCGACGCCCAGCUAGUGGCAGCCUUGCAUCUGGGCCACUCUCUGGCUGCCCUGGUGCGAAAGGCAGCUGCCCAGGGGCGUCGUCACCGAGCCGCCAGCUCGACCCUGCCGACACCCGACCACUUCUCGACUUCCAGCGCACCCCCUCCUUCCUCUCAGAGGGGCGGCACUGGAGGAACCCCCAAGAGCCCCCUGGUGGAAUUCUUUCGGCAGCACGACGUGCUCGAGACGUCGUACCAUAUGUUCUGUACUCGCAUCGAUCUGCACCUCUGCGACGACAUGGACCCCAAGGAGACUCGAUCUAGUUGGCCUCCACUGCAAGGUGGUGCUGCCCUCCAGGUCCUGCUGGAGAAGCUCCUCAUCGACUACUACCCUUUCCACGGAGCAGCGAGCUCCCGCAACCAGUGGCUCAAGUACAGCGAGCCCACGUCGGGGCGGCAGACCUGGGUGCAACACAUGCUCUCCCAGUGGGCGGAGGGUGGCCCAUCGUCCUCCUCUACACCGGGCAGCAACACACCGUCGUCACGUGACUGGCGUACACUCAUGUCCAGCUGCCUGCUCGUGCGGCUCGAGGAGUUUUCCAUGCAACAGGUAUGCAUGGCAGGGCGUAGCCAGCGUCGGCCGUUCCUGGCAUCGGAAGGUGCCACCGUGCUACUUCCCGGGGAGGCCCUGCACCUUGAACUGACCCACUACUAUGCACGGCCUUCGCCAGCCACGACGCCCGUCACGGCCAAUGGCCACGUCAGGAGUCCGGGCUCCGGCAAAGGCAGCAUCGCAUCAUCGCUGGCCGGCAGCUCUGUGCCCGAGCCGCACCUGUUUGCCUACCUGGGGCCCACUGCAUUGCGACUGGACCUUCCCACCGUGCUCUGGGGGCACGCUUUUCUGCACAGCGUCCACAAGUGCACGGCGCACCUGUCCUGUGCCAAUGGAGCGUCACCUCUGGCGGUGCGGGUUGAAAUGAUCCUGCCGAAGGUUGCAGUGCCCCAGUUUGAGCGCGAGCGUCCUCUGUGGCCCGAAGAGCACUCUUCGGGUGGAGGGGAAAGCCGGGAGUUACAGCUGGGCUGUUCACGGGCAGUGGCCACCAACUGGCGUCCAGCCGACAGGGGUGCCUGCCUGGAGGCCCUGGGCAGGGGUCCUCUCUUCUUCGAAACCACCAGCUUUCCCUGGCGGCCCGAUGGAGGAGGAGCCAGCCCCGAUCCCCCGCCCGUACACCCGUGCUUCCUGCAGGGACAGCAGCAACGCUCCAGUGGUGGGUGGGCACUCUUUAUUCUCCGUCAGAACAACCACACAGAGGGUUGUAAAGCAGUGGUUGGCUGA